ACUGAGGCGAGAAGGGAGCUGUCCGGGUGGGGAGGCCGCACUGCUUUAUUCCUCCUUCCCCUGGGUGAGGGGAAUGAAGGUUGGGAACCCCGAACCCAUGGAGCGGAAGGAGGCGGAGGCUGUCGAGAGCCGGGGCCCCGCUAGGUGGCCGUGAGCCCCCGUGUACUGAUUGCGCUCGUCUGGGAGGCCAUGGAGAAGAGGCUGGGAGCGAUGCCAGUUCCGGCUUCCUGGAUUUUAUCAGGAUGUUGUUGGCAGUCAACGGUGAAGUGGUUGAGAAGCUUGUACCUGUUUUAUGCUUGCUUCUGCUUCAGCGCUCUGUGCUCGUCAACAGAUGCCAGUGUGAGCAGAUGCCAGCAAGGGGAGACGCGCUUUGGAGUCGGCCUGAGAUCUGGGGGAGAAAAUCACCUCUGGCUUCUUGAAGGAUCCCCCUCCGUCCAGUUGUGUUGGGCUGCCUGCUGCCGGGACUCUGCCUGUCAAGCCUUUUGGUGGCUGGAAGGGAUGUGUAUUGGGGCCAACUGCAGCAAGCCACGGAGCUGCCAGGCUGUUAGGACAGACUCUUCCAAUUCCAUACUGGUGUUUUUAAAAAAACGCCAAACUACAGAUGAUUCGGGGUUUCCACCUGAAGAUGGUAUACCACAUCUUCUGGGGCUGCAGUGGAGCGCGGCAUCUUGGAGGAGACAGAGCCCUGCCAGAGCUCCAUUCAGACUUUCUGUAUCUGCCAGUGACCAUCAGAGCUUGAUCAGGAAGCUUUGGAAGAGAGAUAAUCGCAAUGAAGAAGUGGCCCCUUUAAUGACGGGGGAUGCUGAAGUGAAUGACUCAAAGGAACUGUUCAAUGUGACUGGCCAGGACUCUGCAGAGGUUCACAAGGCAGUUACAGUUUCCAGUCCCUUAACCACAGUCCUGACUGCAGAGAUUCUUAAUGGGUCAAAGAAUCAAUCAGUUCAGCUUGAAACAUCAGCAGAUCCUGGAACUACAGCCAGUCCUCAGCAAGUAAAAAAUGUUCCUGGGAAAAUGCAGAUUGCUACCCCUCUGCCAGUGGCCCCCUCCUACAGCUAUGCCACCCUCACCCCCAAGACCUCUUUCCAGAGCACCUCAGCACCACACCCAGUUAUAAAGGAACUGGUGGUGUCCGCUGGAGAGAGUGUCCAGAUAACCCUUCCCAAGAAUGAAGUUCAAUUAAAUGCAUAUGUUCUCCAAGAACCAGAUGAUGGAGAAACCUACACCUACGACUGGCGGCUGAUUACUCAUCCUAAAGACUACAGUGGAGAAAUGGAAGGGAAACAUUCCCAGGUCCUCAAACUAUCCAAGCUCACUCCCGGCCUGUAUGAAUUUAAAGUGAUUGUAGAUGGUCAGCACGCCCAUGGGGAAGGCUAUGUGAAUGUCACCGUGGAACCAGAACCCCGAAAGAAUCAGCCUCCCGUCGCAGUUGUGUCACCCCAGUUCCAGGAGAUCUCUCUCCCAACCACGUCCACCGUGAUUGAUGGCAGCCAAAGCACUGAUGAUGAUAAAAUUGUCCAGUACCAUUGGGAGGAACUGAAAGGGCCUCUGAGAGAAGAGAAGAUUUCUGAAGAUACAGCCAUAUUAAAACUGAGUAAGCUCGUCCCUGGCAACUACACUUUCAGCUUGACUGUAGUGGACUCUGAUGGAGCCAGCAACUCUACCACUGCCAACCUGACAGUGAACAAAGCCGUGGAUUACCCCCCUGUGGCCAACGCAGGCCCCAACCAAGUGAUCACCCUGCCCCAGAACUCCAUUACCCUCUAUGGGAACCAGAGCACCGAUGACCACGGUAUCAGCAGCUAUGAGUGGUCCCUCAGCCCAAGCAGCAAAGGAAAGGUGGUGGAGAUGCAGGGUGUCAGAACACCCAUCCUGCAGCUCUCCGCAAUGCAAGAAGGAGACUACACUUACCAGCUCAUGGUGACUGACACUAUAGGACAGCAGGCCACUGCUCAGGUGACCGUCAUUGUGCAGCCUGAGAACAACAAGCCUCCCCAAGCCGACGCCGGCCCAGACAAAGAGCUGACCCUGCCGGUGGACAGCACAACCCUGGAUGGCAGCAAGAGCUCAGAUGAUCAGAGAAUUGCCUCCUACCUCUGGGAGAAGACCCAGGGACCUGAUGGGGUGCAGCUCGAGAAUGCUAACAGCAGUGUCGCCACCGUGUCUGGACUGCAGGUGGGGACCUACGUGUUUACCUUGACUGUCAAAGAUGAGAGGAACCUGCAAAGCCAGAGCUCCGUGAACGUCAUUGUCAAAGAAGAAAUGAACAAACCACCUACAGCCAGGAUAACUACGAAUGUGGUGAUUACCCUGCCCACGAACACAGCAGAGCUGGAUGGCUCCAAGUCCUCAGAUGACAAGGGAAUAGUCAGCUACCUCUGGACUCGAGAUGAGGGCAGUCCAGCAGCAGGGGAGGUGCUAAACCACUCUGACCAUCACCCCGUCCUCUUUCUUGCCAACCUGGUCGAGGGAACCUACACCUUUCACCUGAAAGUGACUGAUGCAAAGGGUGAGAGUGACACAGACCGGACCACAGUGGAGGUGAAGCCAGAUCCCAGGAAAAGCAACCUAGUGGAGAUCAUCUUGGACGUCAACGUCAGUCAGCUCACUGAGAGGCUGAAGGGGAUGUUCAUCCGCCAGAUUGGGGUCCUCCUGGGGGUGCUGGACUCCGACAUCAUUGUGCAAAAGAUUCAGCCGUACACGGAGCAGAGCACCAAGAUGGUGUUCUUCGUUCAGAACGAGCCUUCCCACCAGAUCUUCAAGGGCCAUCAGGUGGCAGCGAUGCUCAAGAGUGAACUACAGAAGCAAAAGGCAGACUUCCUGAUAUUUGGAGCCCUGGAAAUCAACACUGUCACGUGUCAGCUCAACUGCUCAGACCAUGGCCACUGUGACUCGUUCACCAAACGCUGCAUCUGCGACCCAUUUUGGAUGGAGAAUUUCAUCAAGGUGCAGCUGAGGGAUGGAGACAGCAACUGUGAGUGGAGCGUUCUGUAUGUGAUCAUCGCCACUUUCGUCAUCAUUGUGGCCUUGGGAAUCCUGUCUUGGACCAUGAUCUGUUGCUGUAAGAGGCAAAAAGGAAAACCCAAGAGGAAGAGCAAAUACAAGAUCCUUGAUGCCACCGACCAGGAGAGCCUGGAGUUGAAGCCGACCCCUCGGGCAGGCGUCAAGCAGAAGGGCCCAGCACCGAGCAGCAGCCUCAUGCACUCCGAGUCGGAGCUGGACAGUGACGAUGCCAUUUUCACAUGGCCCGACCGAGAGAAGGGCAAGCUCCCACACGGCCAGAAUGGCUCGGUGCCCAACGGGCAGACCCCACUCAAGGUCCGGAGUGCACGGGAGGAGAUCUUGUAGCUGCCUGGCCUGAGGCCUCAGGGCAGGGACUAGCAGUGCACAGCACCCAGGGGCCACUGCCACCCUCUGGCAUCUGCUGAUCACUCUGUGCCGUGCCCCGGAACUGUUGGUACCCAAACCCGGACACUCCAGGAACCAUGAAUGAAG